AUGUCUUUUGAGGUGGCGGAUGUUACAACUGAGGUGGACCUCUCGAAGCUCAUCAGCUUCUCAAUGUCCUUUCAGCCCCUUCAGCUGCUCUUUCAGAGAAUUCUCCAGCGCACCAAGAAUGUGGAGUCAGAAAACGAGCGACAGGAUGACGAGAUCAGUGAGCUCAGGGACGCCUUAAAAAACCUGCAACAGCGGGACGCGGAGCGAGAGGCACAGCUGCAAGAACUGCUUCAGCAACAGGAAGAACUGCGUAAGCAACAGGAAGAACUGCGUAAGCAGAUGGAUCUUGAGAAGCAGGCUACUGAAGACGUGGGCAGGGAAGCGGACGUUCCGCCUGUGGAUACAAGCCAACUGUGGGAAGAGAUAAAUCAAAUCAAGCGUCACAUUGGAGAGUUUCAUCAUCCUGGUCGUCGUCACACAAUUGAGGAAUUAUACCACGCCCGCAGACGAAAGGGUAGUUUCACUGGCGUGAUGGAUGUAAAGCCGCGAAGGCCACUGGCGUCCAUCACGCAAAUUGGUGGUGUGUCGGAGGUGACUGGGACGCCAAUGGGGGAUGUUAUCUUGGGCCGUGCGAGGGAACAACUCAAGGUGAGGGACGAGGAGCAGCCGGUGAUGCCGUUGCCAGAGGAAGGUGGCUCCACUGGUGAGUCGGUGGAGCCGCCACUUCGUGGCAGGAAGGAAGAAAAGUAUGUGUUUCAGAUGCCCGAAGAGGGGAUGCGGUCACAAGAGCGAGAGGAAGGAAGAUAUCCCUAUUCAAGUAAGGAAAAACGGUCGGGUGGUGAUUUGGAGGUCCCUUCUUUUUUAGGAGAUGGAGAGGACCGGUCAAUUCCCUUUCGGACGGACUCACCGUUUCCUGCGGAAAGUUCAGGGCUGCUUUCACCCGGUGCGCUGAAGGGCGCUUCUCCUACCUCCAGCUCUCUAGCGCAUUCAAGAGAACCGUCGUCACGUUCUGGCAACCUCUCCUCGAUCUAUGACCGAUUGAAGAAAGACAGCAAAGACAUUGAACACCUCAACCGGGUCGUGGCAGAGAUGCUGAACGAGAUGAAGGACCUUCAUGCUGAUGUCGAUCUUAUGCGAACGGUCAACAUGGGCGAAGAGGGCGUGGAGAAGCCAGAUGUGACAGAUCCAAAUGCGACAAAGGAACGUGCGGAUUUACGUCGUCGUGUGAAGGCUCUGGAAGAUGAUGUUAGUCGCUUGCAAGGAAUUGUUAGUUCAUUGGAUGUGCAUGCCGCACCGGUGCCUGAUACGAAACCGGCUUUUGAGGCUCCUCGCAGUUUGUCAAUUAUGGAUGGCAUGAAAGGAUUGAAGGAGCGCAUGGACGCCUUGGAAAAAGCCCAGGAGCGCAUGGGUAACAAAGUGGACGGUCUUAUGAACGCGGCAAUGUCUUCUGGCGCUGAAACUGGAGUAACUCCGUCUCAGCUGGGCGUUUUGGGCUCAGCCGUGAACACAAUUGAAAAACAAUUGGCGGAUCUACAGCGGCUUGGCUUGCGUAAUUACGAUACUGAUCUGGAAGAAUUAAGAAGGGUCGUGGAUAAGUUAAUAAGAGACACGGAGGCACUGGAGAAGACAUGUCUACUACUAGAUGAAAAGAAGGAGGACAAGGGUGAUCGACGUCCUUCAACUGUGGCACCGGAGAGCGAGGGGGCCGAUGCCGCUCCCAUGCAGGCCCCGCCGAUUGUUAAGGAUACCAGUGAUUCUUCCGCUGCAGUGCUUGAUGAUUUGCAGCGUUGUCUGCAGGACAUGCAGCGUCGUAUGCUCCAUACGGAGACGAAUGUGAUGGAUCUUAACGAGCAGAAGGCUGAUCGGGCGGCGUUUCAGCGACUUGCUGACGAAUUGAAGAACUUGCGACAGUUGCUGGAGCUUGGAGCGGGUAGGCGGGGGGAUGAAGAUGCCGCUCAGUCGGCUUCUGCCGCGCAAGGGGAGUUAAUGCAGGCAUUAAAAGAGCAGAUGGCAGAACACAUGCAGAAUUUUAACAUGGUGCGUGACGGCACCACGAAUGAAUUGGAUGCGUUGCGGGAAUACAUUGAGCAGAUCGAUCAUCGCAAGGCGGAUGCCAUGCUUGUGGCGAACAAGGCUGAACGGGACUAUGUUGAAAACGCCUUGGAACGAUUGAUGCGAGAGGUGGAGCAGGUCCUCAACGCCACCAACGCUGGUCUCAUUGACACGCUUGACAAAUCCCUCAAUGUACUGCGUGACAUGCUUGAAGGCAAGGCGACGAAGCACGAUAUGGAUAACCUCCGUCGGCUUGUCAGCGAGGAUCACAUUGCGGGUGGGGCGCCCGAUGCACUCGCGGGGUUUAGGGGCUUCCGUUGCCUGGGCUGCAAUCGCCCAGUAGAGACGAUGCGGCCGCGUGUGAUGGGCAAUCGACUGCAACCGUUUGUAAACCGACUGCCGCAAAAUCACCCGGGCGACCCCAUCGCCGCUCGCAUCCAGCAAGGACCCUCCGCCGCCUCUGACGGCAUGCACACCGUUUCAGACGGCGGCUAG